AUAUUUACCCGGAAGUGCGGAAGACGAAGACGAGGACCGAAACCAAGAUCUGAAGUUUCACUGGCAACUUUUACUGUACUUAACGUAGUUUUUUGGCUGGUUUUGUUCGUGGUUGAUUGUUGAGCUUUUCGAGAACUUCUUUAAGAUGCCGGCCAUGGAAAAACAUCUCUUCAAUUUAAAAUUUGCUGCCAAAGAGCUCCAAAGAAAUUCAAAGAAAUGUGACAAAGAGGAAAAAACUGAGAAGGCAAAAGUCAAGAAGGCCAUCCAGAAGGGGAAUAUGGAAGUGGCGCGGAUCCAUGCGGAGAACGCCAUCCGACAGAAGAACCAGUCCGUGAACUUCCUGAGGAUGGCUGCUCGRGUGGACGCCGUGGCAGCGAGAGUCCAGACGGCCGUCACAAUGAACCAGGUCACAAAAUCUAUGGCUGGAGUGGUGAAAGGCAUGGACGCCACUCUGAAGAGCAUGAAUCUGGAGAAGAUCUCAGCUCUCAUGGACAAAUUUGAGCACCAGUUUGAAACCCUGGACGUUCAGACAGCCCAGAUGGAGGAYACGAUGAGCAGCACGACAACUCUCACCACACCACAAAACCAAGUGGAGUCGCUGUUGCACGAGAUGGCUGACGAAGCAGGUCUGGACCUGAACAUGGAGCUCCCUCAAGGACAGACCGGAUCAGUUGGUACCAGCGUGGCUUCUGCAGAACAGGAUGAAUUGUCCCAACGGCUCGCAAAACUCAGAGAUCAGAUGUGAAGACUGAAUGCAGCGGACCGGCACCAGAGCAAAGAGUUCUACCAAACCUGUACACUACCUGAAUAUAACUCCCUCUACUGACACGUCUUCUUUCCUCGUUUUAACAUACUUUGUGUCUAAGAAACAGCAGAGGAAGGUUUAUUUUUCCUCAGCCAUCAUGGCUCCUGUUAAUAUCAAUACCAUUGGAAAUAACUUGUGGAAACAUCCUUAUUAAAAACAUUUGAUGGUUGUGGAACAUCAUAAAAAAUAUCCACACACAAAAAAAUGUAGUAUUGAYAUAAACGCUUUAAAACACCAACAACUAAAUUUAUGCUAAAUAUUUCCCUAUUUAUUGGUCUGUUUCAUGCUUCAGCUCUGAGGUUUUGUACUGUAGUUUGUUUUUCUGCAUCAUUGCAGACAGAAAAUAUGCAUUUUUCUCUCCUUGGACUGUUGAAACUUUUCGUCUCUGUUGGGGAAACCGACUGUUUUGAGUUGAUUGAAUCUAUUUUAUUUGUGAUCGAUAUUUUAAGCAGAUCCGUGUUUAUUUUUCUGAUCACCUUUUGUCAUCUUUGCUCAUCAUUUGGGAGGGGUUACAGUUGAGAUAUUGAACAAGAGUAAACAAUAAAGUUUUAUAAUGUUUCA